AUGAAAGUGAACAACCCAGCAGUCAUAGCCAGCUGGGCCAGUCUCCUCGAUCCCGCCAUCGCCAUCGCCAACGCCCCAACCGUCCCGUUUCCUCAGUGGCUCACCGACUUCACAGGGCUCCACGAAUGGCCCCACUUCGACCCGCCCUACAUACCUCUCGACUUCAUCAGUUUUGACCUGCUCCCGCCAGUUCCCAGGCACACCCAGGGCGCCUGUGGUGCAGUGGGCCCCCAGUGGUGCCUGUUUGACUGCGCCAACUGUGUGUCGUACGACGACGUUUACACUUGCCCCAAGCUUUCGCAGACAUUCGACGACGGUCCCUCGGGACCCACGCGCCAGCUUCUUGCUGGCUUGAAGCACCGUUCCACCUUCUUCACCUUGGGCCUUAACGUGGUGCACUUUCCCGACGUCUACCACGAGACAAUGGCACGAGGCCACAUUAUGGGAUCCCACACUUGGUCGCACAAGUUUCUCCCUGCGCUCACUAACGAGGAAAUCGUGGCCCAGGUUCAGUGGUCGGUGUGGGCCAUGAACGCCACAGCAGGUCACCUUCCCAAGUGGUUCCGGCCCCCCUACGGAGGCACAGACGACCGCGUCCGUGGCAUCGUGCGCCAGUUCGGAAUGCAGACCGUGUUGUGGGACUUCGACACCCUGGACUGGAAAAUGCUUGCUGAGAACGCCCCAAAUUCGCGCACCGAACGCGAUAUCUACGCAGAAUUGGACAAGUUCAAGCAAACCAAUGGCGGCAGAGGGCUCAUUUUGGAGCACGACGUCCACUCCCGUACGGUGGGAGUGGCGUUGAACAUCGCCAGCAAGCUCGAACGGCCGUUGACCGUGCCCCAGUGCGUGGGAGGCAUCGACUACAUCAAGCAGUUCCCGCGCGACUAG